AUGGACGCCCUACUCGCUCAAUUACAUGCCCAAGGCGUGGUGGAAUCACCCUUCGCGGAAGAAGAAUGGAAGCUUCCAGUCGUUAAUACCCCGAUCAAUGAUCUCUCGCCGUCUUCCCCCUUCGAUUUCCCUCUAUACGAUCCAAUUCCUUUGCCCGACGAGGAAGAGGAGGCGGAACUCGACAUCGAAUGUAUUCCCUCUCCCCUAGCCGCCGUCCAAGACCUUUAUCAACUUGCCGAUGAGAUUACCGACAUAAACCUCCCUCCCGACCUUCCCGACCAACCUCCAAGCGAUGACUUCCAUGUUCGGCUCCCCCCUAUCAGCCCCACCUUUACCCUUACUGCUCUCAUCGACGCUGUCAAUCUGCAUGGCAAACAGAAUGGCUAUGCUGUACGCAAGGGUAGUACAGCUAAAGACAGGAAAGGCGAAGUUGCCUAUGUGUAUCUCACGGCAGCCGACGGUGGAUUAGAAGGUUUCAUCGAACGACGGGAGACGGGAUACACGUGUAUAGGUCGAGGCGUACGGGCAGAGGAGAAGCGGAAGACGCACGGCCCGGAGUAUAGAUCGUUCCGGUACUUUACUCGGUCGCGCUGGCUGGGUCCUUAUGCCCAUGCUCGUGCCAGCAUGGUCCAGCACAAACCACUCGACAGGUGCAAAGAUGUUUGGGAAGAGGAUAUCGACACGGGCGAGAUGUUCAAACUCCCUGGGCUAUGUCUCUAUACGCAAAGCACAGGCUUACCCUGCAAGCACGUGUUUGAUAGUCUCAUACGCGGAGUUAGAGUACAGCCUAUCAAACUACACGAGAUACACAGCCAUUGGCAUCUGGUACACGAAAAACAGCUGGUAGAAGAGGCUCAAGCGAUCGGGCAUUAUAUUCCCCGUAUCGUUACGAGGGAAACAGGCGAAUUGGAACUAAGAACGAGGGCAAACAUCGCUCCCCCAAUCGUCAAUCGAUACAUCCCUGUUGAUCGAGAUGCUCUACCACCGAGAGGAGAAGAUGAUCCAACCAUUCUCGAUCCCAUGAAGGCGGUACACGUGGGAAAAGAGAAAAAGAAAAAGAAGAAUGCUGUCGCGCCGAGCUAUCGACAGUCGCAUGGCUUGGCUGAAACGCUAGCUCGUGUCGAUCCACCGGCUGCUGUCGAUACCCCUGUUGCCAAGACAGGCAGAGCCUAUUCUCGUCACGAGAACAUCAUCAAUCAAGAACGGGCUCGGACUUCGAGCGCACCUACCACUACGGAUAGAGCUCCAGUCUCGUGCACAUCGCAACAAUCGAACAACGGUAGAGCGAUGAGCACCCUUUCCAUUGAAAGAACUCCAGGAACCGAUGUUCUCGAAAGGCAGGGGGACCUGAGCGUUGGAGAUCCCCCUUUCACUUCAAUUCACCUUUAUUCACCUACUCUUCAAUUCGGGACUCGUACUCGGACUUGGAAUAAGUGGGAUUCGUUCUCUUGUUUACUUUUCAAACUCAUUUUUGCAACCAUGCCGGACCUCGACUCCGAUGAAGAACUCCAGGUGGUCUCAAAGGCGGAUAAGGCCCUCUUGAACGCCCAGCAUCAGAUUCAGGCUCAGAACGAAGAGCUCGCAAAACUCUUUCGUCUCGAAUACCUCCUCGAAUGGCCGGAAAACCUGCCCCAUCCCGGUCUUAAAGGUCACCCGACCGGCUUCGUCUCGUUCGAGGAUUGGAUCGAUCAAUAUGUCGCGGCCAACAACGAGGCCCAACGUAUCGCCAAGGGGGGAAGGAAGGGAAUCGAUCAUUCCCCCUCCAAGAAGACUCGCAGGCAGAUCGUGUCGAAGGUCGACGGCGCCGAAAUUCCCUACCUUCCUAACGACAACACCAAGCCGGUCAUGCGUCUCAACACUGGGGCGUACGUCGCCUGUCUUCAGAUCAAGGUCGACAAAGGCGGGGUGAAGAACGACAAGGCCGGGUGGAGGGACGACCAGAUGAUCGCCAAGAUCAUCGUCGACGAGGAGGAACGCGCGGUUCUUCCUAUCUUCCCGCCCGUGGACUUGCUGAUGGGGUGGUUGAGGCCUAACCGAUCCGGGAAGGUCAACAUCAAGCCGAUCAACGGCUGGUUGGAUCAAUGGCGCGGUGGAUGGCAGGUCGCCUGCCUCGGUUGUUACCAAAGGGUGAUCGAGAAGAACGAGCCCCCUUCUUACAUCGAUGAGAACCAGCUCGUCAUCAGCAACCCCGGUAUCGAUCCCGACAACAUCCACCGCCCCUUCGUCCACUGUGUCAAGUACGGCCCCGUCUUCCUCUGCCGAAAGAACCUUGGGUCGCCCGACGAACGCACUUGCGGCCAAUGCAAGGACAAGAAGGCCGUCUGCCACGCUCGGGACCCUCGUGUCGGGGACAUCGCCAACGACCCUACCGCUCAUCCGAUGAAGAGGAUCGACGCCGUCCUCGAGACGAUCUUUUCCCAAGGUCAAAUGACCAAGGAGGCUCGACAAGGACACGUCCUGCUCAUUCGUGAGCAGUUGAAGGCCGGUCUCUGUCACGCGGCUCGUGGUCACGACGGGAACCACCCUUUCGUCUCCCACACGGAGCACAUCACCGGUUCCGACGACGAGAACUGA